ACCCCUGCGGGGCGGGGGGACGGUGCUGGUGCCCGGGGCUGCGCGGGGGGCGGUGCGGGGCGGCCCCGGGACGAAGGACCCGCCCCGGCGGAGCCGACGAGCAGGAAGGGCCUGAGGGAUGGGGCUCGGCAUGCUGAAGCUUUGGAGGCCCUCGGGAAGAGAGCCACCCACCCAAGAAAGACAGCAAGGGGUUGUGGUCUGAUCCAUGCAGCCGGUGGGGCAAUGAAGCUGAAUGAGAGGAGUGUGGUCCACUAUGCCACCUGUGACUCGCCUGCCGACCAUGCUGGCUUUCUCCGCAAGCGAGUGGAACGGCACCACCACCACACCCACCACCACCAUGCCACCUCCUACCAGCGUCGCUGGUUCGUCCUCAAGGGCAAUCUCCUCUUCUACUUUGAGGAACGGGACAGCCGGGAGCCCAUGGGGCUGGUGGUGCUGGAGGGCUGCACCGUGGAGCUGUGUGAGGCUGCCGAGGAGUUUGCUUUUGCCAUCCGUUUUGAUGAUGCCGGCGCCAGGGCCUACGUGCUGGUGGCUGAUGGGCAUGCUGCCAUGGAGGCCUGGGUGAAGGCACUCUCGCGAGCCAGCUUCGACUACAUGCGGCUGGUGGUGAAGGAGCUGGAGAAGCAGCUGGAGGAAGCCUGCAAGAGCUUGGCUGCUUGCCGCAAAUCUCCACGGAGGUCCUCCUCCUCUGGCAGGAAAAGGCACCUCUCCAACCCUGCCUUGCUGCCUCCACAGGAGAAGCCCACCAUCCUGGAGAAUGGUUACUCCACGUGGGGUAGUGGUGAUGACAUCCUUGGAGGGGCUGCCUGCCCUGACCGUGAUGGGGUGCAUGCGAAGCCUCCACCCCUGCCUCCGCGCCGGCGCUCAGCUGCCAGCAGCACAGCGGGGUCCGCAGCACCCAGUCUCUCACCAGCCAUGCCAGAGAGCCCAGUGUCACCGGAGACGGCCUGCUUCUCCAAGCUGCACAACUGGUAUGGCCAGGAGAUUGCGACAUUGAGACGGGAGUGGCAGGAGAGGCAGAAAAGGGGACACCCAUGACCGAGGGCACGAGCUGCUGGCCAGCCGAUGCCCGGCAGCAUGGGAGGAGCGAAGCAAAGGACGCUGCUUCCCCCUGCCCAAGUGUGGUGUGUGUGUGGGCGUGUGUGUGUGCGCACUUCACAGGGUGUGUGGGAGGGACCCACAUCCUCCACAAACCUCACAUUUCAUUUUCAUGAGCCUUUAUACAGCUGGAGAGUGCGUGGUACCAGGGGAGAUGCCUCUGAACUAUCCUCUGCUGGUGAUACAAGAUGUGGAGGGGACACAUCAGCAUGUAUGCAACAAACCUCACCCAGUGGGGCUGGCCCCUUUCCAUCCCAGCAUGGUGGGUGCUCUUGGUACUUCAUCGCCUGCCUCUCCUUCAUCACUUUUGUUUGAUUUUGUUACUCACUGUGGAAAUUUGCACAGGUCAGCAUUUAUUAUUUCUGUGGUCUUGCACCAAAGUCCUUCUGCGUUUGUUCUUUUGCUGCAGAUAAGGCUAGGCUUUUACAACGUGCCUCCCAACAGGCCACUGGCCCUGGUGGGUGCCUCCAGCCUUGUGCCUCUCUUGCCAUAGGACACACAUGAGCCACCAUGGUUGUGGCUGGCCCAGCAGCCAGGGAAAUGAGAACCGGGCUCUUGUGUCAUUGGGUGUUUUUUACUUUCAUCUGCACUAACCCUCCUCUCUGCCAACUCCUUCAGGAUGUGGAUUUCACAGGCUACUGUCCAUUUCUUUGGGUGCCUGAGCUCAACAGCAAGGCUGAAAUGGAGACACCAAGCCUGAUCUGAAGGAAUGACAAGGAUCAGGAGCUCCUCAGGGCUGAUCUGGACUCUGUCGAUCAGUAGCCAAGCCUGUUAAUGUCUCCAGCUCCGCUGUUUCAAAAUAGGGACACUAAAGCCUCUUUGCCUUGCCAGGGCUGAAUUUAUCAGCCUCUGCACAGGCUGUAGCUCCUGCAAAGUGCCAUAUAGGGAUCAGCCAGCUUGUUGGGCAGCUUGCCCAACACAGUGUCCAGAGCUGCACUCCUGCAGAUUCUUUCUUGCUGUUGUGGCUCUGCCCAGCUCCUAGCAGAGCUGCGCAGUUGGAGGAGAACCUGUGGAGGAGCAAGGAGGAGAAAAGGGCUGGUCCCAGCAGGCAGAAUUGAAGGUGUAGGAGUGCAUUACAUCUUGCACUGACUGACUGUGUGUCAGCAGUGUCUGGGCUUGCCCCUGUAGCAUGAAAGCCAUAUAGCUGCCUUCUACCAAAGCCAGUGCCUGACCUGCUGGCGCUUCCCUCUGAUUUUUGUGUCAGCAUCACUUGGCUAAUCUCUGCAGCACGUCCCAUUCUUGAAGAGGAGGGCUGCGGGCAGUCAUGCCUGUUGCCUUGUUACAGAAAUGGACUUGUCCCUUGCCAGUAGGUCACAAGCCGUGGCCACUAGGCAAACGUUACAAGUAGGUGAUGCUGAGCCCAGGGGCUGCAGCAACCUGGAGAUCGGGUUGGUAAAUCUCCCUUGUCCUCUAGGCAAGGGUUGUUUUUCAAAGCAGAAAAAUAAUAGGUGAAGCAGUCUUGUGCUUCCUAUCUAUCAGUGUUAAACCUAUUCUUAUCGUCCUGUUUUAUUUAGGAGCCUUGUUAGGAAAGAAAGAGGUUAUUCCAGGUCAUGACUGGUAGGAACCUAUUUGCCUUUUUGGAGUUAGAUGCAUUCAGCUUAAUACUUUGCAGUUGCCAGUAGAGAUUGUCAGUGCAGAAAUCAAAUGACUUCCAUUAACUUUUGGUGCCUUUGUGAAUAUAUCUCUGGUAGUUUGGGGUGAUGAGCUUCCAGCCUUCUGCCUAAUUAUGGCUCGAUGGUCUGUUAGAGGAAAUCAGAUCUCAAAUCUGAUCUUACCAGUAUGACUGGGCAGUGGGAGCAUCACCUUCAUAUACGAGUGAUGCAAUCCAGUUCUUUCCAGUUAGUGCCUAUAUUUCUUCACAGUAAGGAUCUUUGAGUUUGGGAGGAUAAUUCUUGUUCUGAUUUUUAAGUGAAAACAGUUUGGAGAAAACAGGAGCAGCUGGCCACAGGCCAGUGCCCAGGCUCUGUCAGCAGCCCAACUGGCUGGACUUAUGGACCAGCUCUGCCUCCCUGCCUGCUGCUUAAAUUGUCCAGUGCUGUGGCGUUCCUGGCUGGAAACCUGACCUCUUCCCAUAGCAGGGCAGCAGCAUGAAGGAAUGGCACUGCCUGGUUCCUCCUUGCUCUGAGUGUGGGUAUUUUGGGGCCAGGGUCAGAUUUGGCAAGCACUUUUCUGUUCUAUGUUCCUGAUGUCUCAGGCUUACAUAAGGCAGUUUGACGGUAAAGAUUUAGCUUCUAAAACAAAUCAAAAUGUAAUGACAGUUCCUACCUGAAACCCAGGAAUUGGGAGUGACUGGAAAGGGAAAAUAAAUUAACAAAGCCAGUUCUGUCAGAACUGGAACUGAAACACUAUUAUUCAUUUAAGGGCAGUUUCACUUUUAAGAAGCUUAGUUUGCUUUAAUAGGCCAGGAUUGUGCUAGUAACACUACUAAAGAGCUUAUAUUUAAUGCUUUAAUCUGUCCCAUUCAAAUGGCACAAUUUCCACGCUACCUGCCUUUGCGUUAGUACAUAUCCUAACUAAAUCCUAAAUCCUGCAAAUGAGGGGUUGCGUUCUGCUUUCUGUCUGAUCGCAUUUGGAAUAAUUUUGUGGUUUAUUCUGCAGUGCCGAGAAAGAAAUGGCUGAAUCCUGAACACUAUUUGUGUUUGUCCCAGCUGUCCAUGCCUGGGCCUUUCCUAGGUCAUAGAAUCAUAAAAUGGUUUGGGUUGGAAGGGACCUUAAAGAUCAUCUAAUUCCACCCCCCUGCCAUGGGCAGGGUCACCUUCCACCAGACCAGGCUGCUCAAGGCCCCAUCCAACCUGGCGUUGAACACCUCAAGGGAUGGGGCAUCAACAGCAUCCUUGGGCAACCUGUACCAGUGUCUCACUACCCUCAUGGUGAAGAAAUUCCUCCUUAUCUCUAAACUAAAUCUUCCCCUCCAAUUUGUAGCAAAUCCCCCUAGUCAUAUCACUACACUCCUUUAUAAAAUGUCCCUCCUCAGCUUCUCUGUAGCCCCUUCAGGUACUGGAAGGUCGCUAUGAAGUCUUCUUUUCUCCAGGCUGAACAACCCCAACUCUCUCUGCCUGUGGUCAUAUGGGUGGUGCUCCAGGUCUCUGAAGCACUGCAUGACUUUGGUUGUGUUUGAUCAAGUCUUCCUCACCAUCCUGCUCACAUAGCAGGGAUGGCCCUUUAGUGAGCAAAAAAGAGCCAUAAUUGGAGCCAAGGACAAACUUGUUUGGGAGUACGGGGUUUUAAUGACCACCACUGCUUGCUUCAUUGGGCAGGAAGCACCUGGGUGCUCCGCAGCCUCCUGUGAGAUGGAGGCUAUCAAACCAGCUUGGCUGAAAAUCAGUUGUGCUGGCAAUGCCUUUGAAGCAACUCCCUGGCAGAAGGUUGGGAUUUCAGCUUCCUGAGAUUGCUCAUGCAGCAUUCGUUCUCUCUGUCUGCAGGCAGAGAUCGUUACAGGAAAAGCAGAGAGCUAUCAUGGUGCAUUGUCCCCAACAGGAAAAUAAGAUGGAUUGCCACAUGCUGGUUUUCUCCAGUCAUUCAGGUUUGGACUGUUUCACCUCCUGCCUUCUCUUUCCCUUAUCGUUUUUUAAAAAUAGAAAAUGGCUGGGCAGCACAAAACACGUUCCCCAGCAAAGGUAGAACUGAACACUAAAGCUGAAUACUUACUUUUCUUAAAGUACUGAAGUCAAAUCCUUUCCUAAGAAUUUUCUUUAGCUUAAUAAUGUAAAAAGGGUGAGAGAAAAAAAAUGCUUGAAUCUGAAUGGUUGAAUUUAAAAGAAAUUGAAGACUGAAAAAGGGAGGUUGAUCCUGACAUGGCCUGUGUAGGCUAUGCCAAGGUCCCAGUCCUGCUAAAAGAAUUGACAAAAUCCUUGUAUUUUAUUUAGGCUGGUAUUUCAGGUUCAGGCCUGUAAUAUAUUGUUUUGUUUCUGCAUAUUUAUCUUCUCAUAUAAUAACUGCGGUGAUGUUUUCCACUGAAACCAGGUCCUAGCGAUAAGAGGAACCUAAAGAUCUUACCCAUGGCCACCACUAGCCAGUUGGUGGGCAACCACAACCAGGACCGAGCAUUUUCUGUUACAAUAGCUAUUGCAUUAAUAAUUUGGGGGUGUGUGACCCUCCCAGUCUUACCCUCAGCUGCCUCUGCAGCAAAACUUAAACACCCCCCCGGUGAAGCACAUGGGAAAUAUGUGGAGUUCCCAUGUCGGGACAUCUUUUGCCAGCACGCAGAGUGCUUUAUAACCUGCACGAUGACCAGCCAGCACUGUGGGCAACCUGCAGAAACACUCCUGCUUUCCCAAGUGCUUGUGAUUUAGGUACGC